CACAGACGUAGUAGUCUACAACCCGGUGGGGCUCUGAAGAAUAAGAAAAUGAAUCGGAGUUUAAGUAAAUCGCAGUCUUCUUUGCAGUAUCGUGCGACAGUGGAAGUGAAAAGCAAAUAUGGAGCAGAGUUCAGAAGGUUUUCCCUUAACCGCUCCAACCCUGGCGAGUUCCAAGAUUUCUACAAGCUCAUCCUGUGCCUGCACCGUCUAACCAGCAUUGAUGUCAUAAUUGGCUAUGCAGAUAUCCAGGGAGAACUACUACCCAUCAAUAACGAUGACAACUUCUGCAAGGCCGUGUCCACUGCUCCCACCUUACUGCGGAUCUUCAUACAGAGACAAGAGGAAGUAGACGACAAUAUCUUCUGCCCCAAUGCCACUGUGACACGCCGGAGGAAGGUGCCAGCAAUCCCUCUGCCACGCGGCGACGUGAACCGCAAAAGGCCCACGGUCCACAUCAGCAGGCCGCAGGACUUCCGUCCCAUCUCGUCCAUUAUUGACACAGAUUUCCUGCCCGCAUCUCAGCGCCGGGUGCGCCUUUACCGCCAGGGCUCAGAGAAGCCCCUGGGGUUCUAUAUCCGGGAUGGGACCACUGUGAGGGUGACUCCCCACGGCCUGGAGAAGGUACCUGGGAUCUUCAUCUCACGGCUGGUCCCUGGAGGCCUGGCUGAGAGCACAGGGCUGCUGGCCAUCAACGACCAGGUGCUUGAGGUGAAUGGGAUUGAGGUGAUGGGCAAGGUGUUAGACCAGGUGACAGACAUGAUGAUCGCAAACAGUCACAAUCUUAUCAUCACGGUGAAGCCGGUGAACCAGCGUAAUAACAUAGUGCGUACCGGCAGCUGGAUGUCGGGGAUAAACUCAGGCAGUGUCAGCUCUUUAGACUACCAUAGUUACCACAGCAUGCCCAUCUGUCAGAGUUACCACAGCAUGCCUAUCUGUGUGGGAGCCUACAGCUUCACUGAUGACGAGCUCCAGAGUGACGAGGACUUGGACAUUGUGAUUGAGAGAAGACUCAGAAACUCAUCCCGUCGCUCCAGUGCCUCCACCUCCACAGCCUCCCGUUCCCAGGCUUGGUCCCAGCCCCAGCAGAGUCCUAGGCCUUCUCCUAGGCCAUCCACCCGGCGACCUCCCCGUCGGCCUUACUCUGUCAUCUCCUCAACCUCCUAUCACUCACAGCCCAGCCUCACUAACCUGAACCUCAGACUGAGCCGAGACCUGACCCUGCAGCAGCACUACGGCAGCAGCCCAGCCAUCAGGGAGAUGAAUGGAGGUGUGUUUAACCACAGCAGCCUGCUCACCCUGAGGACAGAGCUACGACACAGCCUGGUGCUACAGAGGGGAGGAGUGGAGGAGGACGGAAUGGUCAUCACCUUGUGAUUCUACAGUCAGAUUCUAGAACACUACAAACCACAGGGGGCUGCUGAGGGGAGGAUGGAAUGGUCAUCACCUUGUGAUUCUACAGUCAGAUUCUAGAACACUACAAACCACGGGGCUGCUGAGGGGAGGACGGAAUGGUCAUCACCUUGUGAUUCUACAGUCAGAUUCUAGAACACUACAAACCACAGGGGGCUGCUGAGGGGAGGACGGAAUGGUCAUCACCUUGCGAUUCUACAGUCAGAUUCUAGAACACUACAAACCACAGGGGGCUGCUGAGGGUAGGACGGAAUGGUCAUCACCUGAUUCUACAGUCAGAUUCUAGAACACUACAAACCACAGGGGGCUGCUGAGGGAAGGACGGAAUGGUCAUCACCUUGUGAUUCUACAGUCAGAUUCUAGAACACUACAAACCACAGGGGGCUGCUGAGGGGAGGACGGAAUGGUCAUCACCUUGUGAUUCUACAGUCAGAUUCUAGAACACUACAAACCACAGGGGGCUGCUGAGGGGAGGACGGAAUGGUCAUCACCUUGUGAUUCUACAGUCAGAUUCUAGAACACUACAAACCACAGGGGGCUGCGGAGGGGAGGACGGAAUGGUCAUCACCUUGUGAUUCUACAGUCAGAUUCUAAAACACUACAAACCACAGGGGGCUGCUGAGGGGAGGACGGAAUGGUCAUCACCUGAUUCUACAGUCAGAUUCUAGAACACUACAAACCACAGGGGGCUGCUGAGGGGAGGACGGAAUGGUCAUCACCUGAUUCUACAGUCAGAUUCUAGAACACUGCAAACCACAGGGAGGGGAGGACGGCACAUAAAAAUGGCCAGAAUUAAGUGAAUGGUAUGGUAUAAAACACGUGUUUGAUGUAUUUGAUACCAUUCCACUCAUUCUGCUCCAGCCAUUACCACGAGCCUGUCCUCCCUAAUUAAGGUGCCACCAACCUCCUGUGCUACAGACACUGCCGGCCUUUGUUAUACCUUUUCUAUACUUGAGACUGAGGAGACGUUUCAUAUUGGCUGGUUCCCAAAUGACACCCCAUUUCCUAUAUAUCGCACUGCUUUGACCUGGACCCUGGUCACAAGUAGUGCACUAUAAAGGGAAUAGGUUGUUGAUGAUUCAUUGUGAAUUCAGCGAUCUGACCUUUUGAACCCACUUAAAUGGUGUCCCUCUCAGGGUCAGUUUCUCAGCACAUUUGAAACCACAAAGCGGAGCGCCACAGCAUUUAAUAUGGAAAUAGUCAUGAAACACCAUUAGUAGUAAAUCCAGUUCUGGCACUUGUUAUACUGUGAAUGUACAUGUCCUUUACAUGUACUGCUGAUGCAUUGAGUAGAGAGAGUGUAUUAUUAAAGCUACAGCACUGUUGUGGUUUUAUUAUGUCUCCCAAGUGGCACAGCGGUCUAAGGCACUGCAUCUCAGCGCUAGAGGCUUCACUGCAGACCCUGGUUCGAUUCCAGACUGUAUCACAACCGGCUGUGAUUGGGAGUCCCAUAGGGCGGUGCACAAUUGGCCCGUCAUUGUAAAUAAGAAUUUGUUCUUAACUGACUUGCCUAGUUAAAUAAAGGUUAAAUAAAUAUGUCUAAUGCUAUUUAUGAGGAAUAAAUCCUUAACUAUCCCCUUACCAAAAUAUCAAGCCAUUACGUGUGGCCCAAAUGUCAUUAUGAAUUGUGUCAUUAUGAACUGUGUCAUUAUGAACUGUGACAUUAUGAAUUGUGUCAUUAUGAACUGUGACAUUAUGAAGUGUGACAUUAUGAACUGUGUCAUUAUGAACUGUGACAUUAUGAACUGUGACAUUAUGAACUGUGACAUUAUGAACUGUGACAUUAUGACCUGUGUCAUUAUGAACUGUGACAUUAUGAAAUGUGUCAUUAUGAAUUGUGUCAUUAUGAAUUGUGUCAUUAUGAACUGUGUCAUUAUGAAUUGUGUCAUUAUGAACUGUGACAUUAUGAACUGUGUCAUUAUGACCUGUGUGAGCCACUGGCAUUUGUUUUCUGUGAGUGUUCAGCCCUUCUGUCCAUAGGCUUUGAUUAAAGAGCAUGUGGGCUAAAUAUCAA